AGAACAAAGAUCGUACUCAUUGUUACUUCAGAACCAGGACUGCUUGUCCGGAUAUCACUUGACGCUCACGGUACUCGAGUUGUCCAGAGAUUAGUGGAAUCAAUCAAAACCAAGAAACAGAUUUUUCUAGUGACAUCAGCUUUAAGACCUGGAUUGCUCGACCUGGCUAGUGAUGUGAAUGGGAAUUAUGUGAUCCAACGUUGCUUAGUGCCUUGCUACACAAGAUAA